UUUGAAUACUGCGAGAGAAUCAACAAGCGAAUAAAGCGAAAGCGAACCAAAGCGAUUUAAUUAUUAAUCGAAGGAUUAUAAAGUUUUAAGUGAAGACAGUUCAGUGAAAAACGACAAAAUGGUGAAAGCUCCAGCAGUUGGAAUUGACUUGGGAACUACCUACUCCUGUGUCGGAGUGUGGCAGCACGGAAAGGUGGAAAUCAUCGCCAACGACCAAGGCAACAGAACGACACCCAGCUAUGUUGCAUUCACGGACACGGAGCGUCUGCUCGGGGACGCCGCUAAGAACCAGGUGGCGAUGAAUCCCAGCAACACCGUCUUCGACGCCAAGAGGCUCAUCGGCCGCAAGUACGACGACCCGAAAAUCCAGCAAGAUUUUAAACACUGGCCCUUCAAAGUUGUCAACGAUGGCGGCAAACCUAAGAUCCAGGUGGAAUAUAAGGGCGAAAUUAAGAAAUUCGCUCCCGAAGAGAUCAGUUCCAUGGUGUUGACCAAGAUGAAAGAAAUCGCCGAGGCCUACUUGGGUACGGAUGUUAAAGACGCCGUCAUCACCGUGCCGGCCUACUUCAACGAUUCGCAGAGGCAAGCUACGAAAGAUGCAGGUGCCAUUGCGGGCCUUAACGUAUUGAGAAUUAUCAACGAACCCACUGCGGCAGCCUUGGCAUACGGUCUAGACAAAAACCUGAAGGGAGAGAAGAACGUACUCAUAUUCGACUUGGGUGGUGGUACCUUUGAUGUGUCUAUCCUAACUAUCGAUGAAGGAUCCCUAUUCGAAGUGAAAGCCACGGCUGGCGACACUCAUUUGGGUGGAGAGGAUUUCGACAACAGAAUGGUGAAUCAUUUUGCUGAUGAAUUCAAACGUAAAUUCAAGAAAGACAUGAGGAGCAAUCCUAGAGCAUUGAGAAGACUGAGGACGGCAGCCGAGAGAGCGAAACGUACACUUUCUUCAAGCACGGAGGCUACAGUGGAAAUCGACGCUCUCUUCGAAGGAAUUGAUUUCUACACGAAGAUCAGUAGAGCCAGAUUCGAAGAACUUUGCUCCGAUCUAUUCAGGGGUACCCUCCAACCAGUCGAGAAAGCUUUAAAUGAUGCCAAAAUGGACAAGGGGCAGAUCCACGAUGUGGUCCUAGUGGGAGGUUCCACUCGUAUCCCCAAAAUCCAACAACUCCUGCAGAACUUCUUCAACGGCAAGUCUCUGAAUCUUUCCAUCAACCCAGACGAAGCUGUAGCCUACGGUGCAGCUGUCCAAGCGGCAGUAUUAACUGGCUCGACGGACUCGAAGAUCCAAGAUGUUUUACUGGUUGACGUCGCCCCACUUUCACUGGGUAUCGAAACGGCUGGUGGCGUUAUGACGAAAAUCAUCGAACGCAACUCUAGAAUUCCAUGUAAGCAGACGCAAACCUUCACCACUUACGCUGACAACCAGCCAGCAGUCACCAUCCAAGUAUUCGAGGGAGAGAGAGCGAUGACGAAGGAUAACAACCUCCUGGGCACUUUCGACUUGACGGGCAUCCCUCCCGCACCUCGAGGCGUUCCAAAAAUCGAAGUUACCUUUGACAUGGAUGCUAACGGCAUCUUGAACGUCUCGGCGAAGGACACCAGCUCCGGCAACCAGAGGAACAUAACCAUCAAGAACGACAAAGGUCGGUUAUCGCAGAAAGACAUCGACCGGAUGGUGGAAGAAGCUGAAUGAUACAAAGACGAAGAUGAAAAGCAAAGACGGAAAGUUACAGCUCGAAAUCAACUCGAGGCGUACAUUUUCCAACUUAAACAAGCUGUCCAGGACUGCGGAGACAAACUGAGCUCGGAAGAUAAGGGCACGGUGGAAAGGGAAUGUGAAACGGCCCUUGAGUGGUUGGACAACAACAGUUUGGCCGAGAAGGAGGAAUUUGAGGACAGACGGAAAGAACUGACGCGUAUCUGCAGUCCUAUUAUGUCCAAGUUGUAUAUGGAUGGCAAUCGGUGUGGCGGAGGUGCUGCUGGUGGAAUGCCGGGAGGAUGUGGUCGGCAAGCGGGGGGAUUUGGCAGUUCUCGAGGUCCUACGAUUGAAGAAGUCGAUUAGAUUGUAGAUUUCAUGUUCCGUUACUUUUGUUUUGAGACUGUAUUAAUUCUGUGAUAGAUAGCGUUGAACCAAUAAAGACUUAAUUUAUUUCUAUA